AUGGGUCAGUGCACGUCAACGCCGCAUAAAUUUGUAAAACGCUUCAAUCGACUCAAGAGCGAAGACCAACGUGAAGUAUUUCGUUUGCUAACACAAAUCUACGAUGUUAGCGUUGACGGAUUUCCCAAAGAUUUUGUGGAUAAGAGCAUAAAUACCGUCUCGGGAUUGUUUGACAGCGCAUCUAUUGCUCCGACACCAGGCCUGGAAUACAGACCGUUCCAAAGGCUACGACUCACUGCUGAUCCUCUGUCAUAUACGACUGGCUUUUUUUCAGAAAAUGAAAACCCCCCGCCUGAAUCGGAAUUGAAAACACCGACAAUUCCCGAUGAGAACUUCCAUGAAAAUCAGUCUGAACCACCAAAUGUUGGAGAUAUGAAAUCGACGGCAAAUAAUUCCAAUUCCCUAAAGCCCGAGCCCGAUGCGAAGUCAGAAACUAAUUCAGGUCUUUCUGCAUGUACCUUCACCAUACCCUUAGAAUUCCAGGGCUUUAUGGUGGACAAUUGUUGGACCGCGGAAAAACGUUCAUCACCUCGGCAGCUGGAAGAACCUCCAGAAGGAAACACUGCUUCCUCCAGAACAUUUCCCACUGCAGCUGAGAAAGCCCAGCUAGUG